GACACUGGCGGCGAGGUCUGGCCGAAGCGAACAGCCACCAAGAACUGGCAGCUGCUGCGGGAUGUGUCCGGGCUGGUGUCGGCUGCGCACUUGGCAGUGCAGAGCUGACUCAGCUCCGGUGCCAGCCUGGACGGCUAGGAGGGGCUGGUGGUCCCACGGCCAGACCCGAGUCUCUGUGGGUUGUCUGACGUGUGCCAGAGAUGCGGCGGACCUGGUUAUAAGCACCCUGUCACCCUGUGAUACUCUUGGAACAGGGUAUUUCUCGGGUCAACCAACAGACUCUCCCCCCGACUGCCCUGGGAGACUGCCCCGAGGACAGAUCAGCCGGACUGGUGGCUCAUGAGCGGGCCGGAGGGGCAGGUGGAGUUCCGGCGAGUGCGGCGUGGGGCGAGCCGGGAGGCCCGUGCCAGGAGCCUGGGCGCCCGCCCUCCCUCAGGCGGGCGGGAGCCGGACCUGCUGCUCAGCCCCAGGAGGCUGUCCCAGGAGGACGUGCGCGCCGUGGCGCCCCUGCUGGGAGCCUCGUGGCGCGCGCUGGGGCUGCGCCUCAAUUUCGACCCUCGCACGCUGGACCAGAUACAGCUGUCCGCCGGGUCGUCGCCCGACGCGAGCCUCGAAGCGGUCUACAUGCUGAGGCUGUGGUCGGAGCUGCCCACGGCGACCGUGGGCAGGCUGGCGACUGUGCUCUGGGAGACAGGCCUGCACGUGGUCGCCAUGCAGCUGAGGCCCUGACACGUCUGUCCUCAGCCAGGCAGAGACCACUUGUGUCGCGGAUCAUGUUCUCCACACAGCCACAACAAUGUUCUAGUUGACCUGUUUCCAUGCUCUUGGUGUUGAUUUGAUGCUGCUGAAGUGACUGUGGGAAAGACAUUCAAAAGAAAAUUAUCUAUCAAUACUUGAAAAAUUUACUUGUAAAAUAUUUCAGAAUCAACUCCAGUAUAGGAUUUAGAAGGAGGAGUUAUGGUGGCACGAUGCAUCCCCCUUUUCCCCCACCCGCAGACACCCCCAGAAGGGUAAAAUAUGCAAUGGAUAAUACGACUUCUGAAGAAUAAACAGGUAUUAUAAUAGGGUCAGACUAUCGGUGCUCACCCAAAAGUUUAUCCUGGGUCCGCUCCUGCUCAACUCUAAAUAAUUAAAUAUAUAUAUAUUAGCUUUAUUAUUCUCAUAAAUUUUCUAUGUGGUAUAUCAAAAAAUUACAAGUACCAGUAUUUUCCAAAAGAACAUAGUUUUAUAAAUAUAUAGAAGACAAUACAAAUGUAACAACAUACAGGUAUAGUUCUGCGCACACAUGCUCAACACGGCAUAACUCAUAAAUCUGUCCUUUUCUGCUUCCUGGGGCCCAAGAUAGCAUGCUUCAUCUCUCUUCUAUAAAGCAGAGAUGUGCAGAUUCGCGAGUACUGUAUGUAUGUAUACAUACAGUUAUGAAUCUAUGCAUAUAUGGAGGUAUGUAGGCCUACUACUAGGUAUAAUUCCUUCUCCCACCCUAAAUACAGUAUUCCCAGUCACUGUUCACAGCAGCUGGGCAAUAACUGGGAAUGUUUUAUUUUAAUGCAUCCUACAAAUGCCGUCGUCCGGGGUCUCGGGCUCGAGUCCCGGUACGGCUCCUAGUGGGAAUGACGGUUGUCGAUGUAGUGUUUCCGGGUGGGCGCCAGACUAGCUCUGUUUCUCGUUGAUAGGUGGGUCGUGGGGUCGGUUGCCCUGCGUGGCCCACUAAGACCGUCUGCGGUGUUGCGUGGGUUAUGAGGAAUUCCCUACUUGGCGGUGGUUGGGAGUCGUAUGGUUAAUUAAUUAGGCGCUGAAGUAAUGCAACAAAUGACGUGCGUCGUUUAUUCAUGCGACUGUGGGUUUGGUGGAAUACCGUUGAUUACACACCACGUCGUACAGAGGGUGACGUCACACAAUACAGAAGUUACACAAUUACACAAAGUUAGUCUGAAAGUUACUUAAUAAGACGUGGCACAAGUUUACAAAAAAUGUUACGUGGAGGUGCGUUGCACAAGUUUAUUGAAUGUUACGUGGUGGCACGUUGCACAAGUUUACAAAAGAAAACAUUCCAGAUUCAAGGCGUCGCACAAAGUUACUAAAUAUUACGUAUUAGCGUGGCACUAGGCGGUUCUGAGCCUGGUUACUCAAAAGAGGGGUGAGGGCGAUUGGAGGCGGCCAAUCCCGUAUAUCAAUGUCUCGAGGCGGUGUUCGCGUCCACUGUAGUGGAGCGCGGACCACAGCUAAAUUCGUCCAAGUUCCCUUACGGGGUGGUGUCAGCGCCGGAGCGACUGGUUUUAGUUAAAGUUCUGUUCUUCGGGAGACGGCCCGUGCUGUAUGCUGAAACUACCCCGCAGACCAAGUGUGGUGCAGGGGGUUUUAAAAGUUAAGCGGCCGGAUUAAGUCCUGGACCGAAAAUUGGACCGGGUACGCACGGAGAGAUUAGUAAAAAGAGGUUUCGAGGAAGUGACUAUAAUUACCAGAAGUGAGUUCAAUGCAGACAAUGGAUGAUGUUUCUCCGUGGGACGUGCGUCCGCCCCGGUCCACGAGUCGCGCUGUACUGGCGUGAUGUCAUGGCGCCUGGCCGAGGCUCGGUGGCCCUCGCGCCAGGGUUGACCUCAUUACAUUAGUUUCUAAUGUGACACGUUAAUAAGUGAUUUUAAGGGUGCUAAAUUCCUACAUUAAUUAUUACGGCUAAAUUAACAUCACUCGUCCCUUCUACAAAUUGGAGUUAGUAUGUUUACGUAUUAUGUCCUUUAAAUUAUACGUCACACCAGCGAUGUUCGUCUCUUGCCGGACUGCUCUGGUGGGGGCAAUAACGCAACACAAGGGUUUAAUAAUUAUGUCACAUGGGUUAAUUGACUAAUUUAGGCAGAAGGCCGCCAGGGGGACACUCACACACGUAUCGACGUAUUUACACACGUGAGUGCCCUGGCACUCCUACGUCGCACUUUCGUUAAUCAACUUUUAAUUUAUACAUAAUAUUGUUUAAUAUUCUGUGUUUGUUUUUGCAACGUGGUCAGCUGUAAUGUCGGUCUGUUUAUUAGGGGGCCAGGUUCUACCUUGGUUGCCGGUGGCUCGCCUGACUCGGGUGGGCCAUGGCUAGGGGCGCGUUCCGUUAGCGGGGUUGAAUACUGGCGGUUGCAGGUCGGGCUUUAGGGUGGUCUUCGGUCGGACGACGUCACAAGUAUGAACUAAUGUUGUGAAUAAGUAACAUGCACUGUGAUAUUAUGAAAUAAUUUUGGGUGAUACAACGAGACUAAUGAAGAGUGUACUGAGUGAAGUAUUAUAGUACUCUGAUGAUCAAUAAAGAAUGUGUUAUAAAUAAAAAGAUUACUAACGAAAGUAUUAUGUUUAUAAUGAACUAAUUUAGAUGUUUAUUUUUUUUGUAGCAAUAGUGUUUCUGUAACAGGUUUUAUUUAAAUGUUUUAUGUAAAAUAUAAUAUAAUAAGUAGGUAAUUUACAAUCUGAGGUAUUUAUUUCAAAUAUAUUAUGCCAAGAA